AUGUAUUACGGGGUGGGUGGCUCGUUACGAGCCGAGUCGCCACCCAGACAUCGCGGUGACGGGAUUCGCAUUCAGAGACGCACAUCAAACACCCAAAAUGAUAAUGGUCCUCCACAAGCAAAACCACCGCUAACCACGGACUCACGAUUCAACUCGUUGAACAAGCGAUCGGCUUUAAAUGAUCUACCAGUUGGAGUUGUUCCUGCUCAACAAAGCCAUUCAACGAGCACGACAACAUCAAACACCUCGUCAUCGUACUCAUCUUCAACUGGGAUCCCCACAUCAUCUGCGGCAACACCAAAUGAGGGAUCGAAUCGAACGAUGCCAAGAGAGAUGGAGACUCAGGAAAUGCGGACGAGUUAUGUGGAGGAGCCUCCAUCACCGGCAACCCUUCGUCGACAAGCUAAGGGAGCUGCCGCAGCACUCGUUCGUCGUGUCACCAACGAAAUGGCUCUUGCGCAUUUUGUGCAAAAAGUCGAAAUCAAUGAAGAGGAAAACUUGGGUGCUUAUCGGUUGACACAUUGGCCCGAGCGAGUGAUGCGACAAGUCUUUUGGUAUCUCGGCAAAGCGCUCGCCAAUCAUAACACUAUUUUUGCGGUGUUUCCUUUGGUGUUAGUGGCGUUGAGCUUGGUGGCUCCGAUUGUUUACUGGGAUAAGCUUUACGUUGGGCUACCGUUUAGCACACUUGUUGAAGAUAGAGAUAUGACUUCAUCAGGGGUAGGAAUGCGCAGGAUGGCUGUGCCACAGUUUAACUCGACAAAUCCCUCGUAUUCAGCACUCGAUCGAAUGAAUCAUCAUGCUUAUGCUGUGCUUUUUAAAAAUAGAAACGCAAACGAUACGAUCCUUCGCGAGGAAACGAUCGCCACUUAUUUAAACAUGAAAACAAUGAUUCAGUCAAUCGGAUUUCAUGGAAAAACGUGGCCUGAACUGUGCGGAGGGAAUAGCUGCUCGUUUGGAGCGUCGAUACUCGAUAAAAUUGUCAAGAAAAGCUCGCAGAUAGCACUAACCUAUCCAGAAACCUAUGUUUCAUUGUCAAAAGAAGACUCGAAUCUCACUCGUGUUUUCCUUGCAUCAAUAAUCGGCGGAGUCGACGUUGAUGUGGAUGGAGCGAUCGCCUCUGCGCAAUCACUGCUAGCCUCUUUCGAGUUAAAUCGAGCUCUUUCCACACCAGACACUCUACUCUGGGAAAAAGCUUUUAUUCAAAAAGUGGAAGGAGUGAAAAAAGAAAACUCUGAUUUUGAAGUGAAUCGUUGGUCAUACGAGGAGUUUGCUGGCACCGUCAUUCAGGCACUUCAAAGGUGUCAUCUUUGGAUUGGUGCAUCGGCGGGGAUCAUCUUUAUUCUCUUGCUUUUGUCAAUGUGCAGACUAAACGCUUAUCAGAGCAAACCAAUCGUCGGUCUAGCGGCUGGUGUUGUGCUGUGUGGAUCGGCGAUUGCUGGCGUCUGUGUGUCACUUUCUGGCUCGACUUUCCUCAAUCCACUUCAACUUCCUGUUCUCUUCGUCAUCAUCGGGAUCGGCGCCUGCUAUUGCGAGGCUCUUCACACUGCUUGGAGAAAGUUUUCAGCCGUUGCUCUACAUCCAUCAGAGAAAAUCGCAUUAGUGAUGGCUUAUGAGGGGACGUUCAUUUGCGCAUCGUCACUGCUUUUGAUUGCGAUGUUUGUUGGCGCAGGUCUUUUAUCAGCGACACCCUACGUACAAACGGCUUUCCUCACAAUGGCUGCUGGAAUUGCGGCUCUUCUCCUCCUUACCCUGCUCUUCCUUGCCGUUUUUGUCUUCAAAAGCGGUCGACGAGAAGCAAAAGGCUGCAAAUGGUUUCAUUUCUGUCGCUCUGGUGAUACCCAUUUUCCAACUCCGAACAUUGUCGACUUUGAUAACAAACAGCUUGAACAUUUACAUGGCCGUCUCGUGGACACCAAAGCAAGCCCAUCUCGACAAUUCGCAGCAUGGCUUUUGGGCCCAUCAUUGAGAUAUCCGCUCGUUUUCCUUUGCACUAUUUAUCUCCUACUUGCUGCUUGGGGAUGUGUGCAUAUCAAAAUCGAUCUGAGAGAGGAACACUUUUUACCAUCUCAAUCUGAGGCUCGAAAGUUUCUCGAAAACUUUUAUCAACUUUUUGGAAAAACACAGGAAUAUUUGGAAGUGACUAUUGAGCAAACGAUUGAUUAUCAAGAUGCAGAUUUGAGGAAAUCGAUUGUUGAUCUUUUAGAGCAACCAGUGAAAAACGAGUAUGCAACAAGGGCGGUGAGUUGGAUUGCAGAUUUCGGAAGAUUUGAAAAGUCGAGUGCUUACGAGAUUAAUCAGGACACUUUCGUUCACGUGGUGAGGCUCGUUUUUUUGGUGACUGAUCCAUUCCAGAGAUAUACAUCUGAUAUCUAUUUUGAUCGUUUUCAAACACAAAUCAUUCGGAGUCGGAUGUAUUUAGAGUUGAAUCCGAAAGGAGUUUUGAAAAGACGAGAAGUGAUCGAGUCAUUACUGGAAAAAGCUCGCUCAAUGCAAUUACCGAUUUCCGUCAAAGCACCAUUCGUUUUCUCGAUACAACACGAUUUACAAUCUUUAUCCACUGCUUUAUUCGCAUUUGGAGUGUUUUUAAGCAUUCUCUUGGUGAUUUCACUGGCUCUCUUUGGACAACCAUCGUUAACUUUCGUUGUUGUCGCUACUUCCUUAUGUGUUUUAAUCGAAACUGUUGGCUAUGCAUCGCAUUGGGGUGUACCGUUGAAUACAAUCACACUCACUAUGGCUAUUUGUGCAAAUUCACUUUCCUGCGUUGUGGCAAUUUCUUUUUGCUAUGCGUACUCGAAUUCGGGCAAUGGUUUGCGACCAAUUCAGAGGGUACAAUACACCUUUCAAUCUUGUCUUUUACCCUUGUGGAUGGCGAUCACUCUCCCUGUACUCACCUAUCUGCCCCUUUUAUGCAUCGAUGCUCCGAUCAUCUUGCACAUUUGGCGCAUUUUGCUUCUCAAUGCCAUCGCUUCACUCGCUCAUCUGCUUCUCUUUUUGCCAAAUGCGGUGACAUUAUUGAACGAGAAUGCUUGCACAGCUCUGUCGUCUGUUUUCAGUGGUGCUGAUGACGAGUCUUCGAUUUAUUAUAUACCAACUGCUGGGCGAAUCAUCCCCACUGAAGGAAUCUAUCAAACGUUUACUUAUCCUAUGCCAAAGAUUGCUCCACCGCCGUCAUAUCUGGCGAUCGGAGCUGCUGAUCCAAUCUAUGGGCGCUAUGAACCGAAUCAGUACGGUCGGAUGAGAAUUCAUCCAGCAGAGGCUUCACUGGCUAAUACACCGCAAUGUUUGCGUGCAGAAGAAAGAAGAAGAGGACGAAGAGAGCUACGAGAUCUCCGAGAUGUUGAGGGCAUCUAUGAGACUCCGCCAAGCCCUAUGCAUCGAACCACUCGCGAGGAAAUAAUCCCUCCUCGAACAGGCCUUGAUCGAAUUCCAAUGAAAAACGAGACUCGUCCCAAUGAAAGAAAUCCACGAAAUGAACAAACAUGGCGCCAGUUAUUAUCUGAGCCAACUCACCAACAAGGCCAAUCAUCCCAAUAUUUCUCAUACAACAAAUCAGGUUUC